AUGGAUGACAUCUUCACACAGUGUCGAGAAGGCAACUCUGUGGCUGUUCGUCUGUGGUUGGACAACACAGAGAAUGACCUCAACUUGGGUGAUGACCACGGCUUCAGCCCCCUCCACUGGGCAUGCAGGGAAGGGCGAAGCGGCGUUGUUGACAUGCUCAUCAUGAGAGGUGCUCGCAUUAAUGUGAUGAACCGUGGAGAUGACACACCACUGCAUCUCGCCGCCAGUCACGGACACAGAGACAUCGUGGCUAAGCUGAUCCAGUGCAAAGCAGACCCCAAUACAGUCAACGAGCAUGGAAACACCGCACUCCACUACGCCUGCUUCUGGGGCCAAGAGGAAGUGGCGGAGGACCUGGUGGCCAGUGGUGCCCAGGUGUGUGUAUGUAACAGGUAUGGACAGACACCUCUGGACAAGGCCAAGCCUCACCUAAGACAGCUGCUUCAAGAAAAGGCAGAGAAAAUGGGCCAGAGUAUGACCAAAGUACCCUAUAAGGAAACUUUCUGGAAGGGCACCAUGCGAACACGACCUCGUAACGGUACCCUCAACAAGCAGGCUGGUAUUGAUUAUAAGCAGCUUUCGCUCCUGGCAAAGAUCAACGAAAACCAGUCUGGAGAGUUAUGGCAGGGUCGGUGGCAAGGGGAUGAGAUUGUAGUGAAGGUGCUGCAGGUGAGAGACUGGACCACCAGGAAGAGCAGAGACUUCAAUGAGGAGCAUCCCAAACUCAGGAUCUUUUCUCAUCCAAACAUUCUGCCUGUUCUCGGUGCCUGUCAGGCACCUCCAUCCCCUCACCCCAUCAUCAUUACCCACUACAUGCCAUAUGGAUCCCUCUUCAACAUACUCCACCAGGGCACUACUCUGGUGGUCGACCAAAGCCAAGCAGUGAAGUUUGCCUUGGACAUCGCCAGUGGCAUGGCUUUCCUCCACACCUUAGAACCAAUGGUUUCACGGCUUUACCUCAACAGUAAGCAUGUCAUGAUUGAUGAGGACAUGACAGCAAGAAUAAGCAUGGCAGACGCUAAGUUCUCCUUCCAGUGUCCUGGUCGCAUGUACUCUCCAGCAUGGAUGGCCCCUGAAGCCCUGCAGAAGAGGCCUGAAGACAUCAACCGAAGAUCUGCUGACAUGUGGAGCUUCGCGGUGUUACUGUGGGAGUUGGUCACCAGAGAGGUCCCUUUUGCUGACCUCUCACACAUGGAGAUAGGCAUGAAGGUGGCCCUCGAAGGCCUUAGGCCAACCAUUCCCCCGGGGAUUUCACCUCAUAUCUGUAAGCUGAUGAGGCUCUGCAUGAACGAAGACCCAGCCAAGAGACCCAAGUUUGACAUGAUCGUCCCCAUCCUGGAGAAGAUGCAAGACAAGUGAAAGCCUGCGUAGCACUCCUGUUACUAUAUUUUUAAUCAUCAAACCACUCUGUAUUUCACUGCAAUCAUGUAUCUGCCAAGCCACUGUAAAUAAUGUCAGAUGCCACUUCAGCCACACAAUUCAAACAAUAAGUAUAUUGCUUUUCUUGUAUAAUUUAAAAUUAAGGUAUAAAUGUUCUUUGGCCUAACUAUGUUGCUCUUUUUUAUGACUGAAACGUGUUUACUGAAAUAUUGACAAACUAUAUUCAGUGAUGAGUCAGACAGAAACAGAUCCAAAGAAAUGUGUAUAGAAACAAUGCUUUUAUACACAUUAGCGAAUACCAAUGAAAUAAAUGUUUUAUAUUUAUGACAAA